AUGUUAGUGGCAAUCCUUCUUUCAUUCCUAUCAACUAUUGCUGAAUUCAGCUCUGCUCAAUUGUCUUGUGAUUCGUGCGAUGCUCCGGUGAUAUUAAAAAGCCCAAAUUCAAUCUCUGGAAAUUUCACCUUUGAAAACGUUGAAUGGGACACAAAGGGGUGCAUUCUAGCAACGCUUACAUGUCAUGGAAACGAAGAACAUCCAGUGGUUAUCUUAGAGUUCAAUAGCGGUCAGGGCGGUACUUUAAGCGGCGAGGAGCGAUUGUCGAUUUUGCUUUUCUGCAAUGAGGAUACAAUGUGGACUACAUCGGUGCUUGGACGUGUCCUCGUAGUGACAAGUUUGAGCUGCGAUAUUGCA